GCGGAAUAGUGAAACUUUCGGGUGCACUUUUCGUUUUAAUUACCAGAAUCUUGUCUUUUGUAAGGAGAUCUCUGCAGCCACUCUUGAGUCUACACGAAACUGCCGAAACAAUCUGAUUAACCGAGGUUAAACAAAAAUCCAUUAGCAGUUAUGGUUGUUGAAGUGUAUAUAUCAUCUACUUCUGGAAAUACAAACGUCAAAAGCAGACAACAGUAUAUAAUGAACAUCCUAUCCGCUGCGAAGAUUCCUUACGAAGUCAAGGAUAUUUCAUCUUCAGAAGCUAGCAAACAAUUUAUGUGUAAAACUCUAAAGGAAAACGGAAAGACCCCAAUAGCUCCUCAACUCUUUCUUGGAACAGAGUAUCUUGGGGAUUAUGAAGAAUUUAUUGAAGCGAAUGAAAAUGAAAUGUUAAUGGAAUUUUUAAAAAUGAACGAUUCCUCUCACACUGAACGUUUAGAAGCUGAAUCAUAGAUAGAUUCGAUUAAAACACACACACACACACACACAAACAAACAAUGAUACCCGUGUUUUCUUUUUUUGAUAAAGUAAUUCCUCCAUCUUGUCUUGUCUUACCACCGUCAUUAUUAUUACUUGUCUGUUUUCUACAAACUUUAAU